AUGUUGGGCUUUACUUUCAAGACGUUGACUUUGGCAGCCGGAUUGAUAGGUCAUACUUUGGCUGACUUGACUACCUCGGAGAACUCAACCCAUAUUUCUCUCUCCAACAAGCGAUUUGCGGUUGUUCUAGCCAAAUCCAGCGGACACAUCAUCGACGUCACACUUGACGGUCAAGAUCUCCUUGGUCCAGUAAGCGGAAGCACCGGCAAAGGCCCCUAUGUGGACUGUUCGUGUAUACCAAGUGGUUUCUGGACACCAGGCAACACCGCCAAACUUGAACUUGUCAAGGGCACAGACUCGACUGGAACCAAGUAUGGAGGAAUCAUCAUGAGCGAUACAUACAAGGCUACCAACCAGACUCUCUCGCAAUACUUUUUCCUCCACGGUGAAGAGACGGGACUGCAUGCUUUCACUCGCCUUACUUAUUUCAACCCAUCUACGCCCUUUCUGCGAGAUCUCGGCGAGUUGCGCACGUUGUUUAGACCAAACACCAAACUAUGGACACACUUCUCAACGAGUGAGGGAAACUACGGUCCUCUACCGGACGCUUCGGGGGCUCUUACAGUCCAGGAUGCGACUUGGUACGUCGGGAACAAGACCGAUGACCCAUACGUCAAGCAGUAUUCCGACUACUGGACCAAAUACAGUCUUUCGGAGAGCUGGCGCAACCACGAUGUCCAUGGGGAGUUUAGCGAUGGGUCUACUAGCGAUGACGGGAGCACCUUUGGCGCGUGGUUGGUUCACAAUACUCGCGAGACAUACUACGGCGGUCCUUUGCAUUCGGAUCUAGUUGUCGAUGGUAUUGUCUACAACUACAUGGUUUCAGGUCACCACGGUGCCCCUAUGCCCAACAUCACCCACGGUUUCGACAGGACAUGGGGUCCCCAGUUCUACUACUUCAACAAAGGCGACAAAGACACCACGCUCGCGGAGCUGAGAGCCGAUGCAGCCAAAUACGCUGAUCCCCAAUGGAAUGUCAAGUUCUACGACAGCAUUGCCCCCCACGUCCCCAACUUUGCCCCUUCGUCGAAGCGAAGUACAUACAGCGGCAAGGUCAAUCUUCCAAAGAACGCCAAGAAGCCGAUUAUUGUACUCUCCGAGAACAAGCAAGACUUCCAGCUCAACGUCUUCGAUACGAAGUCGCUUCAGUACUGGGCCGAGAUCGAUAGGUCUGGAAGUUUCAGUAUUCCGCAGGUCGUUGACGGAACCUAUAGAGUAACCAUCUACGCUGAUGGAGUUUUCGGCUGGCUGAUCAAAGACGACAUCCGGGUCUCAAAGUCACACAAUAAGGGUACUUUCACUUGGAGAGAAGAAACGGCUGGCAAGGAGCUAUGGCGCAUCGGUACGCCGGAUAAGUCCUCCGGCGAGUAUCUCCAUGGAUACGCACCCGACACCUCGAAACCUCUCCAGCCUGAGCAGUAUCGAAUUUACUGGGGAAAAUAUGACUUUGAGGAAGAUUUCCCCAAAGGUGUCAACUUCCACGUUGGAAAGGACAGUGAAGCCGAGGAUCUUAACUACGUACAUUGGUCAUUCUUCGCUGCCAAGGGAAACCAUCUACGAUCUGAGAAUUACUACGACAACGUAAACAACUGGACCGUCACGUUUGACCUGUCAAAGAACCAGCUCAAGGACGUCAAAACGGCUACUUUUACAAUCCAACUAGCAGGUGUGCGAACAGGCAACGGCAACGCAAAGUGGACGCCUGUCAAAGAUCGUUUCAACAGUAACUUGCCCUGGACCGUCAACGUAAACGGAGGCUAUGAGGAUACAUGGGUGAUACCCUACUGGCGGAGUGGUUCGUGUGCUGUUCGAAGCGCGGUUGCGUGCCAGAAUAUUGAGCACAAGUUUACGUUUCCUGCUUCGAAGCUGCAGCAGGGCAAGAAUGAGUUUGUGCUGAGUUUGCCUUUUAAUGCUUCUAGUGUUGAAACGGCUUUGUUGCCUGAUACCUUGUAUGUUCAGUAUGAUGCGUUGAGACUGGAGGUCAAGUAG